AUGAGUAGGUGUGUGCUUAGGCAGCGUAUAGGCCAUAACAUCACUGUUACAUUUACCAUCUCAAAAUUAAUGCAGCAUUACUAGACACUACUAGGCUACACUAAUACAUUCCAGCUUUUAAUUAUGCAUGCCAGUUUGUUUUGAUUCAGUCUAAUGCUCCAUUUUAUUCUACCAUGUAAUGUGCCAAUCCACUUCACUCUACCACGACCAGGUGCCUGGGCCUCCAUAUGUAAAGCACCAUAAAGGUAGCAAGAAAGCCUAAUAUUAGCCCAGUCACUGUCUUUUUACUGUGCUUUUGUUAUUAUGCAUUAUUUAUCUGUAUUCUGUAUGUGAAAGUAUAGCGCCGGAAGAUUCCGUUGGAUGUAGGCCUAAUGUAUUAGGAUUUUUACUGAUGUGUUUUGUCUGUCUGCCCUGUGCUGUCUAGUCUAUGUUCUCUACACCUCAGUCUAUGUCUGUCCUGUCUAGUCUAUGUUCUCUACACCUCAGUCUAUGUCUGCCCUGUCCUGUCUAGUCUAUGUUCUCUACACCUCAGUCUAUGUCUGCCCUGUCCUGUCUAGUCUAUGUUCUCCACCUCAGUCUAUCUUCCAGCGCUGAUCGGUUUAAUGCACACGCGUCAAACUCAUUCUGCGGGGGGCCGAGUGUCUGCAGGUUUUCACUCCUCCCUUGUACUUAAUUGAUGAAUUAAGGUCACUGGUUAGUUAGGAACUCCCCUCACCUGGUUGUAUACGUCUUAAUUGGACACAAAUUGAAAGGAGGAACCAAAAACCAGCGUACUCGUCCCUCCGUGGAAUGAGUUUGACAGCCCUGGUUUAAUGCAUGUACUGUAUUCCUCUUCCUCUUCUCUCCCUGUCCUCCCGUCCCUUCAACCUUUCCCUUCAUCCCUCAGAUGGACAGAAUGAGUUUUCUCUCCUUCCUCCUCCUUUGCUUGACUUCGGUUGCUAAUGGCAACAAAGGUCAGUUUCCUUUCCUUUUGACUGUUAAUUGUGAGCGCUGCUGAAAGAAGUUUUUUUUCUAUUGCCAUGGGAGCACACAUACCUGUAGUCUCGCUCAUGGCCAGGGCCCUUUUGUCCCUGUCUCCUGAACUCUAGUAGAGGGAAUUCAAUCAUAUAUCCACUCACUGUGCUCAAAGCCAUGAUAUAUUACAUUAUAUAUCUGUAAUGUAUGAUUACAUACACAUCAUCAUUAUAGAGUGUUGUCCUUCAUUUAGCCAAUAUGUAGGUUAAUAUGUAUUUUGCUCAAUUGUGAUGAUGUUGCUGUAUGUGUAUGUGAUUCUGUGUGUAAUCGAUAGCAUGACUUUCCAAGGAGGAUCAAUCUUCAUCUCUUCAUCUCAUUUAUCACCGUGGAUAGCCAUGACUCUUGAUUUACCAACAUUGUUCCAAUGAUUGUCAUGCUGGAGACUUGAAGUGAAACUGAAAUGGACAGAGUGGGGAGAGAACGUCAGAGAGGGCGAGGGAGGAGAGGAGGAAGGGAGUGACGCCGAAAGAGACAGAAGUGGAAAGGGGAGAAGGGGAGCAGCAGUGACGGGGGAGCAAAAGGAGGGAAGCGGGUCCAAGAGAUACAGAGACAAAGUGUGUGUGACAGAGAAACAGACAGAUAGUUAGGAAAGGUGAGGUGGGGAGAGGAAGAGGGAGAGAUGGUGCGUUAAAUCAAGUGACGGAGAGAAACAGAGUGAGAGCGAUAAGGGCGUGUGAGAGAAGGGCAGGGAACGAGGGGAUGUUGUGUGGAGAGAUACAGUGACAGAGAGAGGAUGAGUGCCAGAGACUGAGAGAGAGGGAUGGAAAACGAUGUCUCUCAAUCUGUAAUCCCGGCUGUAAUCCACGGCCCUGAUGUUCAGAUUAAUGCUAUAUUGCAGAGAGAUGGAAAGAGGGAAGGAGGGAUGGGAGGGGGGGGGGGGGACAGACAGGCAGGGAGAGAGGGUUAGAGAUGAAUGACAAAAGGAGGGACAGAGCAGAAGCUUGAGGACAAGCAGUGUUUGUAUCAGAUUAACCAUUGAGGAUGGCGAAUACUAGCCUGGGCAUGACUCACCAGCCUGGUCACACAAACAAAGGGGUGUACUACAAAGCAAGAUCAAGGAGUUAGCCAGCUAACUUGCCUGAAUUCUGAAAAACCUUUUUAGUUUUUAGAAGCUUAAACUUGAAUGGCAUGGUCAAUUGAUCAACAACCAACCAACAUCCCACUGGGUAAAACUGGAUGGAUCAAAGUGUUUCCACGUCAUUUAAAACAAAAAAUCAUUGAUGACUUUUUAAUUUAUGUGGAAAUGGUGGAUUAGGGAAAAGUCUAAUCCAUGACAUGGUGAAAUGUUUGGUUUAUUACACGUUGAAUUCACGUUAGUUGACAACUCAACCAUAUGUAAAUCACAAUUAGAUGUUGAGCUGAUGUCUGUGCCCAGUGGGAUAUCUACAGUUCAAUCGGAAAGUAUUCAGACCCCUUGACUUUUUUUACAUUUUGUUACGUUACGGCCUUAUUCAUUUUUGUAUUAUUAUCCCUCAUCAAUCUACACCAAUCCCCCAUAAUGACAAAGCGAAAACAGGUUUUUAGACAUUUUAGCAAAUGUGUUAAAAAUAAAAAACAUAUCUUAUUUACAUAAGUAUUCAGACCCUUUGCUAUGAGACUUGAAAUUGAGCUCAGGUGCAUCCUGUAUCCAUUGAUCCUCCUUGAGAUGUUUUUACAACUUGAUUGGGGGUCCACAUGUGUCAAUUAAAUUGAUUGGACAUGAUUUUGAAAGGCACACACCUGGGCUACAGUGAGGGAAAAAAGUAUUUAUCCCCUGCUGAUUUUGUACGUUUGCCCACUGACAAAGAAAUGAUCAGUCUAUAAUUUUAAUGUAUGUUUAUUUGAACAGUGAGAGACAGAAUAAAACCAAAAAACCAGAAAAAAAAGCAUGUCAAAAAUGUUAUAAAAAUAUUUUCAUUUUUAAAGAGGGAAAUAAGUAUUUGACCCCUCUUUCAAAAUAUGACUUUGUACUUGGUGGCAAAAACCCUUGUUGGCAAUCACAGAGGUCAGACGUUUUUUGUAGUUGGCCCCCAGGUUUGCACACAUCUCAGGAGGGAUUUUGUCCCCUCCUCUUUGCAGAUCUUCUCCAAGUCAUUAAGGUUUCGAGGCUAACGUUUGGCAACUCGAACCUUAAGCUCCCUCCACAGAUUUUCUAUGGGAUUAAGGUCUGGAGACUGGCUAGGCCACUCCAGGACCUUAAUGUGCUUCUUCUUGAGCCACUCCUUUGUUGCCUUGGCCGUGUGUUUUGGGUCAUUGUCAUGCUGGAAUACCCAUCCACAACCCAUUUCAAUGCCCUGGCUGAGGGAAGGAGGUUCUCACCCAAGAUUUGACGGUACAUGGCCCCGUCCAUCGUCCCUUUGAUGCGGUGAAGUUGUCCUGUCCCUUAGCAGAAAAACACCCCCAAAGCAUAAUGUUUCCACCUCCAUGUUUGACGGUGGGGAUGGUGUUCUUGGGGUCAUAGGCAGCAUUCCUCCUCCACCAAACACGGCGAGUUGAGUUGAUGACAAAGAGCUCAAUUUUGGUCUCAUCUGACCACAACACUUUCACCCAGUUCUCCUCUGAAUCAUUCCGAUGUUCAUUGGCAAACUUCAGACGGGCCUGUAUAUGUGCUUUCUUGAGCAGGGGGACCUUGCGGGCGCUGCAGGAUUUCAGUCCUUCACGGCGUAGUGUGUUACCAACUGUUUUCUUGGUGACUAUGGUCCCAGAUGCCUUGAGAUCAUUGACAAUAUCCUCCCGUGUAGUUCUGGGCUGAUUCCUCACCGUUCUCAUGAUCAUUGCAACUCCACAAGGUGAGAUCUUGCAUGGAGCCCCAGGCCGAGGGAGAUUGACAGUUCUUUAGUUUUUCUUCCAUUUGCGAAUAAUUGCACCAUCUGUUGUCACCUUCUCACCAAGCUGCUUGGCGAUGGCCUUGUAGCCCAUUCCAGCCUUGUGUAGGUCUACAAUCUUGUCCCUGACAUCCUUGGAGAGCUCUUUGGUCUUGGCCAUGGUGGAGAGUUUGGAAUCUGAUUGAUUGAUUGCUUCUGUGGACAGGUGUCUUUUAUACAGGUAACAAGCUGAGAUUAGGAGCACUCCCUUUAAGAGUGUGCUCCUAAUCUCAGCUCGUUACCUGUAUAAAAGACACCUGGGAGCCAGAAAUCUUUCUGAUUGAGAGGGGGUCAAAUACUUAUUUCCCUCAUUAAAAUGCAAAUCAAUUUAUAACAUUUUUACAUACGUUUUUCUGGAUUUUUUUGUUGUUAUUCUGUCUCUCACUGUUCAAAUAAACCUACCAUUAAAAUUAUAGACUGAUCAUUCCUUUGUCAGUGGGCAAACAUACAAAAUCAGCAGGGGAUCAAAUACUUUUUUCCCUCACUGUAUAUAAGGUCCCACAGUUGACAGUGCAUGUCAGAGCAAAAAGCAAGCCAUGAGGUCGAAGGAAUUGUCCGUAGAGCUCCGAGACAGGAUUGUGUCGAGGCACAGAUCUGGGGAAGGGUACCAAAAAAUGUCUGCAGCAUUGAAGGUCCCCAAGAACACAGUGGCCUGCAUCAUUCUUAAAUGGAAGACGUUUGGAACCACCAAGACUCUUCCUAGAGCUGGCCAAACUGAGCAAUCGGGGGAGAAGGGACUUGGUCAGGAAGGUGACCAAGAACCCGAUGUUCGCUCUGACAGAGCUCCAGAGUUCCUCUGUGGAGAUGGGAUAACCUUCCAGAAGGACAACCAUCUCUGCAGCACUCCACCAAUCAGGCCUUUAUGGUAGAGUGGCCAGACGGAAGCAACUCCUCAGUAAAAGGCACAUGACUGCCCGCUUGGAGUUUUCCAAAAGGCACCUAAAGGACUCUUAAGACCAUGAGAAACAAGAUUCUCUGGUCUGAUGAAACCAAGAUUGAACUCUUUGGCCUAAAUGCCAAGCGUCACAUCUGGAGGAAAUCUGGCACCAUCCCAACGGUGAAGCAUGCUGGUGGCAGCAUCAUGCUGUGGGGAUGUUUUUCAGCGGCAGGGACUGGGAGACUAAUCAGGAUCAAGGGAAAGAUGAACGGAGCAAAGUACAGAGAGAUCAGGACCUCAGACUGGGGCGAAGGUUCACCUUCCAACAGGACAACGACCCUAAGCACACAGCCAAGACAACGCAGGAGUGGCUUCGGGGACAAGUCUCUGAAUGUCCUUGAGUGGCCCAGCCAGAGCCCAGACUUGAACCCGAUCGAACAUCUCUGGAGAGAGCUGAAAAUAGCUGUGCGGCGAUGCUCCCCAUCCAACCUGACAGAGGUUGAGAGGAUCUGCAGAGAAGAAUGGGAGAAACGCCACAAAUACAGGUGUGCCGUCAUACCCAAGAAGACUCGAGGCUGUAAUCGCUGCCUAUGGUGCUUCAACAAAGUACUGAGUAAACGGUCUGAAUACUUAUGUAACUUAUGUUUUUUCACAAAAAUCUAAAAACCUGUUUUUGCUUUGUCAUUAUGGGGUAUUGUGUGUAGGUUGAUGAGGAGAAAAAAUGAUUUAAUCCAUUUUAGAAUAUGGCUGUAACGUAACAAAAUGUGGCAAAAGUAAAGGGGUCUGAACACUUUCCAAAUGCACUGUAUGUUUAGCUUUCUUAACGAGCCAGAAAAUCAACUGUUAUUUCUGGUUGUUUAUCAAAGUUAGCUGGCUAACUCAUUGGUCCUGCUUUGUAGUAUACCCCUCUGGGUAGGAGAACGCCACUUGUCUUUGAGAUGAUUAGUACUGAAGAACCAUUACUUUCCACUCUGUAGUGCUCUCAUCUCCCAUUGAUUCAGACCAGACUGGCAUUUUAAAUGUUAUAAUUUGGCAUAGUGUUUUGAUGUUGAAACGGCAGAGUGGUUGCUACACAACAUGUCCUGUGGCUCUGUCAUCACUGUCUGAGUCUAACGUCAUCAUCUCAGGGUCUAGUGAGGGAGACAUGUCUAACAUAAAAAAACCUCAGGCUUUUGUUUUGGUCUUUGAUUGUUUGAGUGUAAAAUCGUCACCGUUCCAGCUCGUUAGCUCUGCCUUUGAUUGAUAUGGGUGAACAUUCUGGAGAGAAAUUAAUAAUGAAUUUGCAAUUAGAGAGUGGAUUCACAGCAAACUUUCCCCGUUUAAUUUGGACGAGUGAAGUGCGCCUGUGGCAGGCUGCUUGGUGUUGUUCUGAUUGAUAUGUGCAAUAUACCUCUCCCUGUGUUGAUAAGGUGAAAUCGGCCUAGGUGUAAUUAUGUUGCCAACUGAUGCAAGGUGUGGAGUGACACUUGACGUGUGUGUUAGGGGGCGGGGGUGGGGGUUGAGUGUGUUUGUGUGUGCGUUUCUGUGUUGUGUGUCUUUAUUCGUCUGUAUGUGUAUCUGCGGACACACACACAAGUCCUCUCACAUAAGGGGGUGUUACAAAUAGCCAUGUUUUUUCCCCCUUCUAAUUGCUCCAUUUAACCCAAGCCUCCUUUUGUCUCCUGUGUUGCCGUUCAGCCAAUAAACACAAGCCAUGGAUCGAGACGGAGUACCAGGGUAUCGUCAUGGAGAACGACAACACCGUUCUUCUCAACCCACCACUGUUCGCCCUGGAUAAAGACGCUCCACUGCACUAUGCAGGUACAGUACAGGCAUGGUUAGAAUGAUGGGAGUGCAAUUGGGGGGCACUUGGCAGUCCUCCUAUAACAAAUCAGGACUCACCCAUAUAAUAAGCAUUAUAAAAUAUUAGCAUUGAAAGUAUGGUAGCAAUGUAUUUUACGGUACUAAUAUUACCGGGUGUUUACUAGUUAACACAGAGUAUAAACAUAUUGCCAUUUGGAACAUUUGCUAUUGAUUACAAUGGCCACGGUUAGUUCAUUAUCUUACUGGCAUAUUGAAAAUCGAGUCCCACCCUGCCCCUACAGUGAGUAAGCAUUUUGUAGAGGGGGAAAUUGUUAGUAAUUGAAAAUGUUAUGCCACCCUAAAAUCAGAAUGGACAGAGUAAAAUAGUAAUUACACAAUAAUAACCUAUGACGCACCAUCAUUUGUGCCUGAAAGUUCACAUUGUUACCACACAAUUGAGUAAAUUCCAGGUAAAUACCAGUGGUACAAGUACUGUAAAAUAAAGCGCUACCUAAAGGAUUUUGCUGGGCACUCCCAAAAGCAUUACAAAUAUUAACAUGAAAAUAAUCAUAUCUGUCCAGUCCUCUAUUUUUAGGGCAGCCCCAAUAGUCAGUGUGUAAUUCUAUUCCUGGGUACUGCACUGGUCCUCCACAGCGAAGUGAAAUUCAAUUAUUUGUAUUCAUUGGGAACAUUUAGUGCCCUGUGCUCACAUAAAUCAUUAUGGUACACAUUUCCCAACUGGGACAAUCAAGUGAUUGAUUGGAUCAUACAACAUCACAUGGGGUUCAUUGAAAUAGAUCACUGAAUUUGAUUAGGUUUAUUUUAGCCAUUGAAGACUGUAUUUGAAUAAAUCCUAAGCCUACUGGGACCUUGAGAUUCACAGAGAGCCACUAGAAGUUAAAUUGGUACUAAAAUGAGUUGGGCCCUCCCUUUCUUCCUCCUUCCCCUCUCUCUCUCCUCCAGGUGAGAUCUGUGGCUUCCGGGUGCACAAUGGGCCCUCAGGAUCCAGUUCGGUCCAGUUUGAGGCGGUGGUUCUGGACCGCUCGACAGGGGAGGGCCUGAUCCGCUCUAAAGAGCCCCUGGACUGUGAGAGCCAGCGGGAGCACAGCUUCACCAUCCAGGCCUAUGACUGUGGAGAGGGCCCCGAUGGAGCCAACAGCAAGAAGUCCCACAAGUGAGAUACACUACAUUACCCAGAAGGUCAAAUAGGUUUAAUGGAUAGGGUUGUUGUCAGAGGUUAUACUGGUUAGUGUAGUUUGGAGAAUGAUUAACCCUUGGGUAUUUGUCAAUGCUAUGCUUGAUCAAUACAUUACUAUAUUACGACGCAGUUAUGUAUGUAUUGACCUCUCUUCCUUCAUCUUUAUCACGCUCUUUACCUCUCUCUCUCUCUCUCUCUCUCUCUCUCUCUCUCUCUCUCUCUCUCUCUCUCUCUCAGAGCCACGGUGCAUGUACGUGUGAACGACGUAAACGAGUUCUCCCCAGUGUUCGUGGAGCGUCGCUACGAGGCCUCCGUCCCAGAAGGCCGUCUGUUCGACCGCAUCGUGCGCGUGGAGGCCCUCGAUGCAGACUGCUCCCCGCAGUACAGCCAGAUCUGCUUCUACGACAUCAUCACCCCCAAUGUUCCCUUUGUCAUCGAUAACGAUGGUGAGAACUACAGCUACCACAAUAGAGCUGGGCUUUACAGUCGUUUUCCUCAAAUAAAUCUGGCUACUUUACCAGAGCCAUAUAUUUAGAAUAUGUUUAUCUAAAUAUAUGGCUCUGGUCUUUACAUUUUGGUUAUUUGAUUCAUAUACUAUAAAAGUGAAUGUAAUGUGUGAGUUGACAUCUUGUCACCAAUGAAAACAACAGUUCGCAUGGUGAUGACUACCAAUCUGUAAAAUACUAGUUAAUUUCCCUGUUCAAUUUUGAUUGUCUCCAGCUGGUCUUGUUGCUAUGUGCGUUGCUAGAGAAUGACCGUUCCCUUAAGUAGUCACUCACUCACUCCUCCACCAGCCUAAGCCAUUUCCAAGUAUCUUGCUCACCCACAUUGCAGCUUUUAUGCUAUAGCAUUCCUUUUGUACCACAAUUAAUAGAUUUGAAGCAUCUUUUGCUGUAAGAACCGCAGUUUGACUCCCGCCUUCACAGGUAGAUAGUCCUAGCUUUUAGAAAACGUGUGUGUGGGUAGUAGUUGUGUAAGCAAAGCUACCGCAUCAACAUUGCUAGGGCAGGUUUCUUUGAACAGAGCCCAGAGGACAAUAGGUUCAGGGGGUUAGGCCCUAGUGUAGUGUUUCUGUUGAUCUUUUAGGCAUGCUUCCUCUGAGGAGAAGGCUUUGAUUUCAGUUUGCAAGACUCCCAUUGACGGGCUACUGGUGGGAGAUCGAUAGCAGGCAUUUUGUAAUAUGACAACAGCAGAGGUGGGAGGCAGAUUGUCUCAGGAGUCAGGUUUUUACCAUGACUUUGCACAAUUUGCAGUGACUGGGGAGGAGGUUGUGGGGGGAUGAGAAGUUCCUUUAAUAUAUGGGUCAGGCUGCUGGGCCCAGAUGAAGCACAGAUACUUUUUGUUUCAGCCCGGGCGGUUUAAAUGCCCUAGUAUUGUCAUUGUCUCUCUCUCGCUCUCUCUCUCUCUCUCUCUCUCCCACUCUACCUCUAUAUUUCUCUUUCAUCCCUCCCUUUCGCACAGUCUUUCUUUCUCCCCUGUCUCUCAUUGUCAGGGGCCUGUCGUGCAGGUUCCGUCAACCAUAUCUUUGUUACAUUCUCUCUUUGUCUCUAGAUAUAAGAAGAAACCGUCUUUAUUCAUACUUAUCGUUCUCUCUUCUCUCUCCCUCCCUUGUCGUUGCCUUUUCCGUUUGAAUAUACUGCAGUGAACAAUUCUGGAGUGUCUGCUGUGUGUGCGCGUAGGUGUGGGUGAGAGUGUGUAUGAGAGCGCAUUCUUUUCAUGCUGUGCUUUUGAGUGAGUGAGUGAAUGACUGUGUUUGUAUUGUACUUUACAUAACUCUCUCUCCCUCUCUCCUUUCCUCUCCUCCCAUCUCCUAGGUAACAUUAAGAACACAGAGCCAUUGGAUUCGAAGCGCCAGCGCGUCCACACCUUCUGGGUGACCGCGUUCGACUGUGGCAAGAACCGCGCUCAGGCCGACGCCCAGGUCGUCGUCACGGUCAAACCGUCCUGCAAACCCGGCUGGAUCAGUAAUCAAUCACCCUCAUUAUUCACGACUUCUUCAUCUGUCUCCUCAGUGGUAGUGUGGAAUGGACCUAUUCCCUAUGUGGUCCUCUGUAGCUCAAUUGGUAGAGCAUGGCGCUUGUAACGCCAGGGUAGUGGGUUCGAUCCCCGGGACCACCCAUACGUAAAAAAUGUAUGCACACAUGACUGUAAGUCGCUUUGGAUAAAAGCGUCUGCUAAAUGGCAUAUUAUUAUAUUAUAGUGCACUACUUUUGAGCAGAGCCCUUUGGGCCCUGGUCAAAAGUAGUGCAGUACAGUUUAUAGAGAAUAGGGUGCCAUUUGGGACACAGGCUGUAUCUUUGUUGGAGCUACAUUAGUGUCUGAAAUGAUACUGUAGCAUAUAGAAUGGACGUUGUUAGGUUGUAUUUUGCAGACUUCAAUUGAGAAAAUGGUGAUGAACAAAGAUGAUAAUGCUACUUGAUAACUUCAUUGGUGGGAAUGGUCAAAGAGACACAAUUUACCUUUGCCUUUAGAGCAUAAUUAUCAUAACAUGAAUGACUCAACAACACAGAAUUGUUGUACAGUGCAUUCGGAAAGUAUUCACACCACUUAACUUUUUCCACAUUUUGUUAUGUUACACCCUUAUUCUAAAAUUGAUUAAAUGUUUUUUUUCCCCCCUCAUCAAUCUACACACAAUAUCCCAUAAUGACAAAGCAAAAACAGGUUUUUAAACAUUUUUGCAAAUGUAUUACAAAUAAAAAACUGAAAUAUUACAUUUACAUAAGUAUUCAGACCCUUUACUCAGUACUUUGUUGAAGCACCUUUAGCAGCAAUUACAGCCUUGAGUCUUCUUGGUAGUGACAAUUUUAGCAUGUAAAUCCUGGUGGGGCAAACUCCCCCUAUUUAUUUUAGAUGCAAGCAAGCAAAGCCACUACACAACACAACACUAAACAAUACAUUAAUUGUACUAUAACGGUGGCAAACGGUGCCCACAAACUGUUAGGGCCUACAUAAAGCUGUCCCAACAGCAGCGCUUUCUUUUCAGCACCAUGAAGUGAAUCCUUACCACCGCUACACCUGGCUAUCAGCGGAGCCUUGUCUGGCAGCGAAACAGUUAAUUCAGCCUCAUUUACUGCCUUUUUAAAAAACAUAGCUGAUAUGGCUGACAAUUGAGCCACCUUUUGCAGCAAUUACAGCUGCUAGUCUCUUGGGGUAUGUCUCCAUAAGCUUGGCAUAUCUAGCCACUGGGUUUUUUGCCCAUUCUUCAAGGCAAAAUUGCUCCAGCUCCUUCAAGUUGGAUGGGUUCCGCUGGUGUACAGCAAUCUUUAAGUCAUACCACAGAUUCUCAAUUGGAUUGAGUUCUGGGCUUUGACUAGGCCAUUCCAAGACAUUUAAAUGUUUCCCCUUAAACCACUCAAGUGUUGCUUUAGCAGUAUGCUUAGGGUCAUUGUCCUGCUGGAAGGUGAACCUCCGUCCCAGUCUCAAAUCUCUGGAAGACUGAAACAGGUUUCCCUCAAGAAUUUCCCUGUAUUUAGCGCCAUCCAUCAUUACCCACAGCAGGAUGCUGCCACCACCAUGCUUCACUGUGGGGAUGGUGACCUUGGGGUGAUGAGAGGUGUUGGGUUUGCGUCAGACAUAGCGUUUUCCUUGAUGGCCAAAAAGCUCAAUUUUUGUCUCAUCUGACCAGAGUACCUUCUUCCAUAUCUUUGGGGAGUCUCCCACAUGCCUUUUGGCUUAUUUUUUUCUUAAAGCAAUGGCUUUUUUCUGGCCACUCUUCUGUAAAGUCCAGCUCUGUGGAGUGUACGGCUUAAAGUGGUCCUAUGGACAGAUACUCCAAUCUCUGCUGUGGAGCUUUGCAGCUCCUUCAGGGUUAUCUUUGGUCUCUUUGUUGCCUCUCUGAUGAAUGCCCUCCUUGCCUGGUCUGUGAGUUUUGGUGGGCGGCCCUCUCUUGGCAGGUUUGUUGUGGUGCCAUAUUCUUUCCAUUUUUUAAUAAUGGAUUUAAUGGUGCUCCGUGGGAUUUUCAUAGUUUCUGAUAUUUUUUUAUAACCCAACCCUUACCAAGGCCCUUCUACCCCGAUUGCUCUGUUUAGCGGGCGGCCAGCUCUAGGAAGGGUCUUGGUGGUUCCAAACUUCUUCCAUUUAAGAAUGAUGGAGGCCACUGUGUUUUUGGGGACCUUCAAUGCUGCAGACAUUUUUUGGUACCUUUCCCCAGAUCUGUGCCUCGACACAAUCCUGUCUCGGAGCUCUACGGACAAUUCCUUCGACCUCAUGGCUUGUUUUUGCUCUGACAUGCACUGUCAACUGUGGGACCUUAUAUAGACAGGUUUGUGCCUUUCCAAAUCGUGUCCAAUCAAUUGAAUUUACCACAGGUGGACUCCAAUCAAGUUGUAGAAACAUUUCAAGGAUGAUAAAUGGAAACAGUAUGCACCUGAGCUCAAUCUAGAGUCUGAUAGCAAAACAAUUUUAAACAUGUUUUUGCUUUGUCAUUAUGGGGUAUUGUGUGUAGAUUGAUGAGGAAACAUUGUAAUUUAAUUCAUUUUUUAAUAAGGCUGAAACGUAACAAAAUGCGGAAAAAGUAAAGGGGUCUGAAUACUUUUCAAAUGCACUGUAUUUUGAUGGUUUAUUUUCUUUGUUGGUUUUCAGGCUGGUCGAAGCGGGUGGAGUAUACCCCCGGGUCAGGCAGCAUUCCCCUGUUCCCCAGUUUGCACCUGGAGACCUGCGAAGAGACUGUGUGGAACAUCCAGGCCACCGUAGAGCUACAGACUGGCCAUAUUGGGAAGGGCUGUGACAGGGACAGCUACUCAGACCGAUCAGUACGCAGACUCUGUGGUGAGUGCUGCUUGAGUCUGGGCUAUUCAUGAUGGACUCAAUCUUUGGGAUAAUGUGUGACUUACAAUCUUCACACAAAUAUCAAUGCAUGAAUUAUUCGAAGAUUGGAAUGGAGCAUGCUCAAGUCACAUAGGUUUUAGCCCUGUUUGCCAAAUAAGCAUAAAAAGACCUUGCAUUUGUGGUGUGUGCAUAAAUGUAACUAAGUAAUACAGUCAUGCAUUUCGGGAAAGUACAGGCCCUGAUAUUUAUUGAGCUCACAAUAUCAGCUUACAUUUAAUGAGUCCAAAGGUCAUUCAAUUGGGUGUUUAGCGAUAGUAAGUAGAGUAAUGCAGCAACUUUGGGGGGAGUCAAAAGGGGGGUUUGAGCUACCAUCCUGAAACAAGCACACUAACCACAGAGAGUCCCAAAAGACUCAAUGCUUCUAAGGCCUUUACCAAGGCUAGGGUUGUACAGUAUGUCAUUCAUGAUUUCACUCCUGUCUUCUGUCUCACCAGGUGCUGUGAGAGGUGAAGUGGACUUACUCCCACCCCCGUCCCCAGCAGCCAAUUGGACCUCAGCCUUGCCCACCCUCCCUUCUUCUGAUUCGUCCCUGGUGUUCUCCUUCAAUGGCUCCACCCACGUUGCCGUGGUACCAGACUCCGUUGCCGCGGCCGUAUCCGGAGACCAUUUCACCCUCCAGCUGUGGAUGCGAAGGGGUGGGAUCAACACCCAGCCUCCGACUAAUCAGGCCAGAGGAAACCGCAGGGAGGAGGAGACUAUCGUCUGCAGUACCGUCAAGAAUGGUCAGUCAAAUGGGCAGUCACAACUGUCAGUCAAAGUAAAAAUACUUUAAAGUACUACUUAAGUCAUUUUUUUGGGUAUCUGUACUUUACUUUACUAUUUAUAUUUUUGACUACUUUUAAUUCACUACAUUCCUAAAGAAAAUAAUAUACUUUUUACUCCAUAAAUUUUCCUGACACCCAAAAGUACUCAUUACAUUUUGAAUGCUUAGCAGGACAGGAAAAUUGUCAAAUUCACGCACUUACAGUUGAAGUCAGAAGUUUACAUACACCUUAGCCAAAUACAUUUUAACUCAGUUUUUCACAAUUCCUGACAUUUAAUCCUAGUAAAAAGUCCCUGUCUUAGGUCAGUUAGGAUCACCACUUUAUAUUAAGAAUGUGAAAUGUCAGAAUAAUAGUAGAGAGAAUGAUUUAUUUCAGCUUUUGUUUCUUUCAUCACAUUCCCAGUGGGUCAGAAGUUUACAUACACUCAAUUAGUAUUUGGUAGCAUUGCCUUUAAACUGUUUAACUUGGGUCAAACGUUUCGGGUAGCCUUCCACAAGCUUCCCACAAUAAUUUGGGUGAAUUUUGGCCCAUUCCUCCUGACAGAGCUGGUGUAACUGAGUCAGGUUUGUAGGCCUCCUUGCUCGCACACGCUUUUUCAGUUCUGCCCACACAUUUUCUAUAGGAUUGAGGUCAGGGCUUUGUGAUGGCCACUCCAAUACCUUGACUUUGUUGUCCUUAAGCCAUUUUGCCACAACUUUGGAAGUAUGCUUGGGGUCAUUGUCCAUUUGGAAGACCCAUUUGCGACCAAGCUUUAACUUCCGGACUGAUGUCUUGAGAUGUUGCUUCAAUAUAUCCACAUAAUUUUCCUUCCUCAUGAUGCCAUCUAUUUUGUGAAGUGCACCAGUCCCACCUGCAGCAAAGCACCCCCACAGCAUGAUGCUGCCACCCCCGUGCUUCACGGUUGGGAUGGUGUCCUUCGGCUUGCAAGUAACCCCCUUUUUCCUCCAAACAUAACGUUGGUCAUUAUGGCCAAAAAGUUCUAUUUUUGUUUCAUCAGACCAGAGGACAUUUCUCCAAAAAGUACGAUCUUUGUCACCAUGUGCAAUUGCAAACCAUAGUCUGGCUUUUUUAUGGUGGUUUUGGAGCAGUGGCUUCUUCCUUGCUGAGCGGCCUUUCAGGUUAUGUCGAUAUAGGACUUGUUUUACUGUGGAUAUAGAUACUUUUGUACCUGUUUCCGACUUCAACUGUAUCAAGAGAACAUCCCUGGUCAUCCCUACUGCCGCUGAUCUGGCGGACUCACUAAACACAAAUGCUUUGUUUUCAAAUUAUGUCUGAGUGUUAGAGUGUGCCCCUGGCUAUCCGUAAAUGAACAAAAACAAGAAAAUUGUGCCACUUGGUUAAUAUACAGUGAGGGGAAAAAAGUAUUUGAUCCCCUGCUGAUUUUGUACGUUUGCCCACUGACAAAGAAAUGAUCAGUCUAUAAUUUUAAUGGUAGGUUUAUUUGAACAGUGAGAGACAGAAUAACAACAAAAAAAUCCAGAAAAAUGCAUGUCAAAAAUGUUAUAAAUUGAUUUGCAAUUUAAUGAGGGAAAUAAGUAUUUGACCCCCUCUCAAUCAGAAAGAUUUCUGGCUCCCAGGUGUCUUUUAUACAGGUAAUGAGCUGAGAUUAGGAGCGGAGUGCUCCUAAUCUCAGCUUGUUACCUGUAUAAAAGACACCUGUCCACAGAAGCAAUCAAUCAAUCAGAUUCCAAACUCUCCACCAUGGCCAAGACCAAAGAGCUCUCCAAGGAUGUCAGGGACAAGAUUGUAGACAUACACAAGGCUGGAAUGGGCUACAAGAUCAUCGCCAAGCAGCUUGGUGAGAAGGUGACAACAGUUAGUGCGAUUAUUCGCAAAUGGAAGAAACACAAAAGAACUGUCAAUCUCCGUCGGCCUGGGGCUCCAUGCAAGAUCUCACCUCGUGGAGUUGCAAUGAUCAUGAGAACGGUGAGGAAUCAGCCCAGAACUACACAGGAGGAUCUUGUCAAUGAUCUCAAGGCAGCUGGGACCAUAGUCACCAAGAAAACAAUUGGUAACACACUACGCCGUGAAGGACUGAAAUCCUGCAGCGCCCGCAAGGUCCCCCUGCUCAAAAAAGCACAUAUACAGGCCCGUCUGAAGUUUGCCAAUCUGAAUGAUUCAGAGGAGAACUGGGUGUUGUGGUCAGAUGAGACCAAAAUCGAGCUCUUUGGCAUCAACUCAACUCGCCGUGUUUGGUGGAGGAGGAAUGCUGCCUAUGACCCCAAGAGCACCAUCCCCACCGUCAAACAUGGAGGUGGAAACAUUAUGCUUUGGUGGUGUUUUUCUGCUAAGGGGACAGGACAACUUCACCACAUCAAAGGGACGAUGGACGGGGCCAUGUACCAUCAAAUCUUGGGUGAGAACCUUCUUCCCUCAGCCAGGGCAUUGAAAAUGGGUCGUGGAUGGGUAUUCCAGCAUGACAAUGACCCAAAACACACGGCCAAGGCAACAAAGGAGUGGCUCAAGAAGAAGCACAUUAAGGUCCUGGAGUGGCCUAGCCAGUCUCCAGACCUUAAUCCCAUAUAAAAUCUGUGGAGGGAGCUGAAGGUUCGAGUUGCCAAAUGUCAGGCUCGAAACCUUAAUGACUUGGAGAAGAUCUGCAAAGAGGAGUGGGACAAAAUCCCUCCUGAGAUGUGUGCAAACCUGGUGGCCAACCACAAGAAACGUCUGAACUCUGUGAUUGCCAAAAAGGGUUUUGCCACCAAGUACUAAGUCAUGUUUUGCAGAGGGGUCAAAUACUUAUUUCCCUCAUUAAAAUGCAAAUCAAUUUAUAAUAUUUUUGACAUGCAAUUUUCUGGAUUUUUGUUGUUGUUAUUCUGUCUCUCACUGUUCAAAUAAACCUACCAUUAAAAUUAGACUGAUCAUGUCUUUGUCAGUGGGCAAACGUACAAAAUCAGCAGGGGAUCAAAUACUUUUUUCCCUCACUGUAAUCAAUUGGAAAUUAUUUAUACUUUUACGUUUGGUACUUAAGUAUAUAUUUGCAAUGACAUUAACUUUUGAUACUUAAGUAUAUUUGAAAGCAAGUACUUUUAGACUUUUACUCAAGUAGUAUUUUACUGGGUGACUCACUUUUACUUUCUAUCCGUUCACCUACUCUGCGUCUCACAAAGACACGGCGGUUGGAACCAAAAAUCUCACAUUUGGACUCAUCACACCAAAGGACUGAUUUCCACCGGUCUAAUGUCCAUUGCUCUUGUUUCUUGGCCCAAGCAAGUCUCUUCUUCUUAUUGGUGUCCUUUAGUAGUGGUUUCUUUGCAGCAAUUCAACCAUGAAGGCCUGAUUCAUGCUGUCUCCUCUGAACAGUUGAUUUUGAGAUGUGUCCGUUACUUGAACUCUGUGAAGCAUUUAUUUGGGCUGCAAUUUCUGAGGCUGGUAACUCUAAUGAACUUAUCCUCUGCAGCAGAGGUAACUCUGGGUCUUCCUUUCCUGUGGCGGUCCUCAUGCGAGCCAGUUUCAUCAUAGUGCUUGAUGGUUUUUGCGACUGCACAUUUUCCGGAUUGACUGAACUUCAUGUCUUAAAGUAAUGGACUGUCGCUUCUCUUUGCUUAUUUGAGCAGUUCUUGCCGUAAUAUGGACUUGGUCUUUUACCAAAUAGGGCUAUCUUCUGUAUACCACCCCUACUUUGUCACAACACAAAUGAUUGGCUCAAACGCAUUAAGAAGGAAAAAAAAUCCGUAAAUUAACUUUUAACAAGGCACACCUGUUAAUUGAAAUGCAUUCCAGGUGACUACCUCAUGAAGCUGGUUGAGAGAAUGCCAAGAGUGUUGUCAUCAGCAAGGUUAUUGAAGAUCUCAUAUAAAAUAUAUUUUGUUAAAAUCUUUUGGUUACUAAACCUAUGUGUUAUUUAUAGUUUGAUGUCUUCACUAUGUUCUACAAUGUUGUAAAAUAAAGAAACCUUUGGUUGUCAACUUUUGACUGUACUGUAUAUUUUCUUCAGAUUUUCAGAGUGCUGCCCUCAGCACCCCUACUCUCCACGGCUAUGUAUAUACUGCCCUAUAUGGCUCUGUUCAUCUUUUUCUCAGAAGUCUUAUGGCGAGGAAAUCUGAAAAGCCUUUUGCUGGGAGAUGCACUGCCCUGUGUCCUCAUAUUCCACUGCCAAUGUUUUUGUCUCAAUGCUGGUUUGUUCUAUGAACUGGCCAGUCUCCUCUCUCUGUUCCUCAGAUGACUCCUUCUCCCACUACUCUCUCUCCGUUCACGGCUGCCGUCUCUCUCUCUUCUACUGGCCCGACGUCUCCGCUGCGCGGCCCGUGAAAUUCCUCUGGAAACUGGAGCAGGUACAAUGGGAAUGCUGCUGGAUGAGGGUGGAACAGAUUUUCUUCAAUAAACAGUUGCUAGAAGGAGUGCUAUAAGCCAAAGAGCCAUUCAAAAAGGCCAACGCUCACUUGAUGCCAGUUGCAAUUGUAUUGAUUUAUUUUUAAGACAACUGCAUUAAGUAGGGUUAGAACCCAGGGCGCCUGAUCCCAAGGCAGACUCGCUAGCUACAAGGGAAAGGGGAUACCUAGUCAGUUGCACAACUGAAUGUAAAUGUAAAUGAAUGCAUUCAACCUAAAUGUGUCUUCCGCAUUUAAGCCCAACCCCUCUGAAUCAGAGAGGUGUGGGGGGCUACCUUAAUCGACAUCAUCGGCACCCGGGGUUAUUCAAACAAGCAACCUUUCGGUUACUGUCGCAAUGCUCUAACCACUAGGCUAGGAUUUUUCCCUUGGGGGAGUUCAUAACUAUGGGAAUGCACAAGAAGCAGGGGGAUUGGGAAGAAUAGGAUUUGGAUGAGAGGCAGGGCAGAGGGCAUAAGGGGAUGGUAGGGUUGUGUGGUUUUGGGAGGAGGUUGGAGGGGGGACUAAGUGGUUUUGGCUGGGGUUACUGGUCGCAGACAGCUUAAACUGGGUAGGAUUAUAUAGGGCCAGGCUGAUACAGAUAAGAUUAGGCAAAUCCCUCUGUCUCUCUUUACCUCUUAUCUGUCUCUCUUCUGCGACAAUAGUUGUUACAGUGCUCAGUCUGUGGUCAUGGGUAGUGUUCAGUAGAAACAAAAGGGAUAAAACAUUUAGAUAUUGUAUGGGAUAAAUUCAUGUUGCAUAUCUAGUAGAUUUUUUAAAAAUCCUGUUUUGUGUCUGCUGUACACAACCCAAGUGUUCAGCUGUUUCUUGACCUCUGACCUAUCGUGUCUCCAUGUCCUUCUUUCCUCGCUAGGUGUGUGACAGCGAGUGGCAUCACCUGUCCCUCAGUGUCCAGUUCCCCUCUGUGACCCUGUACGUGGAUGGAGUCACCUUCGACCCCGCCCUCAUCCACGACAACGGAGCCAUACCCAACCCUGCCCCACGACAGCGACUGGUCAUUGGCGCCUGCUGGGGUAACGAUUGGUUUAACCAAAGACAGUACAGUAUGAAGAUAGGCUAAAACUGCUUCUCCAAUAGAAAUCCCCGAUCACACUUGUAGGCGAUGUCAUGGCGAUGUUGGCUAGCUAAGCUCAUGCGUAGAAACACGUUAUCGGGUCUAACAGUCGUCUUGCGCCGAACUGUGCAAAUCAAAGGCACUCCUUCGAUAUAAAGUAGUUUUUCACAAAAAUUCAAACGUUUCAGUUUGUCACUUUCACGAGGUUGGAGUAAAAACAUGUUCAACUACUUAAGAUAUUGGCUCGAAUCUAGGUUGUGUCUUUAGAUUUGGAGAAAAUAAACAACUAAGGAAGAAUUUUGCACUUCUCUCAUUGACUUCUCAAACCCCGGCCUGGUCUGUUUGGUCUGUUUCACGAGUGUUACCGGAAGUGUCGCGAUGUUGCGCCUCUGGCUUUAGAAACUCUGUGGUUAAACCUUACACUGCAUAGAACGGUUAAACCUUACACUGCAUUGAAGACCUGUCAGCCAGUGAAGGAUGCCUAAGUGGGCCACACUUUACAUUACAGAGGUCCUAUACUAGAGUAACUACCAGUUGGAAAACGAAUAACAUAUUAUUCUAUAACAAGCUAGUUAACAAAAAUGAAUUAGAAAUGUCACUUUUAAUUACAUACACAUAUAGAUACCCUGGAUUGAUGCCUAUGUAAUGUAAAGUGUUGCUAAUGAGUGGUAGUUGAUGAGAACAUGGCAAGGAAAAGAUCACAAUAAUGUACCACAAUAGACAGUGGAAUAUAUUGCUUUGGCAAUACAUUUCUUGAAUAGAUUACAAGAUUUCAAAAGAGCAACGCCUGCCCCAAAAAUACAUUUUUGGGAGUUGUCCCAGUUCACAUUCUUCUGCAAAUGGAAGAGUUCAUAGAACCAAAUGUUCCAGCACACCAAUGAAAGCAACGCACAACACAUGCGCGCGCGCACACACACACACACACACACACACAAACGUACAGUACCUUGCAAAAGUAUUCAGACCCCUUGGAUUUCUUCAAAUAUUAUUGUGUUACAAAGUGGGACUCAAAUGUAUUUAAUUAUGUCAACAGUCUACACAAAAUAUUGUAACGUUAAAGUGGAAGAAAAAUUCUAAAAUGUUUUAAAGAUUAAUAGAAAUGAAAUAACUAAAAUAUAGUCGUUGCAUAAGUAUUCAGCUCCCUGAGUUCCUAAUGUUUGGUAUACUCAGUGUAUAAUUCACAUCAUAAUUAUUAACUUGACCAUGCUUAAAGAGAUAUUCAAUGUCUGAUUUGUUAUAGUUACCCAUCUACCAAUCACUGCCCUUCUUUAUGAGGCUUUCAAAAGCUUCCUGGUCUUUGUAGUUCAAUCUGUGCUUGAAAUUCAAUACUUGACUGAAGGACCAUACAGAUGUUGUAUGUAUGGGAGACAGAGGAAGGGUUAGUCAUUCAAAAAUCAUGUCAACCUCUAUUAUUUCACAGUCCGUGUAACUUAUUGAGUGAUUUGUUAAGCCAAAUUGUACUCCUAAUUAGGCCAAGGGGCUGAAUACUUAUGCCACGACUAUAUUUUAGUUAUACAUUUUCUAUUUAUAAAAAUUAAAAUCUUCCACAUUCACUUGAGAGUAUUUUGUGUAGAUUGUUGACAUAAAUGACAAUUAAAUCCAUUUUAAUCCCACUUUGUAGCACAAUAAAAUGUGAAGAAAUCCAAGGGGUCUGAAUACUUUUGCAAGGCACUGUACACAUACACACACGCCAUCUGACACAGAAAAGCAUGGCAUUUCCCUCAUUCACCUAAUUAUAUGUAUGUGAGAUGCUCUGACUGCCUCUCCAUACGCUAUUAAUAUCACUGACUUAUCAAUUAUUUAGGCUAACAGAACAACAGGCAGGCCAGACGGUUAGCCUGCCAGUUACACCAGCGCUAAUCGCUAAAAUGGGACACACUGUCUGCCAAUUAGCACUGGAAAUACACUCACACACACAUUCAUGGCUACUGCCUGUGUGGUAACCAGCUGCUGGGAGAUAAUGAGGGUAUGAAACACCUUUGUCAGACUUACACGUUUAUUUUCUAUCUUCCUUUUUAUUCUGUUAUUUUACUCCUCAUCACUCCUCUCUCUCAUUCUCUUUUUCCACACCUCCUCUCUUGCUUAUUUUGGUGAAAUUAUUCAUACUAUUUAAACCUUCCACAAAAUAUAGUCCCGACACAAAUCUAGGGUUGCUACCCAAGCCGAGUGGUCGUUUGUUCUAUCUGUCUUUUUGUUCUGUAUCUAUGGACGUGACCCAGUCGUUCAGUCUUUUUGUUCUGUAUCUAUGGAUAUUCGUUUUAAAUGUUCCAUUGCCAUUCUGGCUGGCAACGUUCUUAUCCCUUGCUUGCUAGCUAGCCGACUACGGCUAACUUACAUUCACGUCAAAAUGUGCAGCCAGAAUAACAGCAAAGUAGCCGCAUUUGCAUUUGUUUAAGUUGUUUUCUAGUGACAUUUAUUUGGAUACAUUAAUAGCAAUGAGCUAAUGAGGCACGAUUUCACUUGGCAUAGAAAACGUGCUUACUCGUCAGGACACUGUUGUUCAGAGGAGCUAGCCAACAACACAGCUAACACAAUCACUUCAAACUGAAGCUGGAAAGACUGCAAACUACCUGCACUUUGUUUCGUUUUACUUUUUUUCAGUUGACAUUUCUUUGUAUAUAUCCAUAUAAAUUAUGCCAGCUGAUUCAUGAUUUCGACUGGCUGAGAAAAGCUGCCUGCCUGUAUGUCUCAUCCCGACUCCCGACACGUUCAUUACUAUGGGACAGCUGGAGAUCGAAUUUGAAUAUUGAAACAAUGUUGCAAAUGUCGGAGGGAGGCAGCAAGGUUUAUACAAAUCUCUGCUGUUGAAAACUAAAUGUUAGUCUAAAAGAAAUGUUAGAUAAUGUCUAGAUGCUUUUUAUAAUGGAGAUCAAGUUUAUAAAUUGCCUGGCUGGGCUGAUGAGACAGUGGAUUGCGCAGUCAGAUGGAACAGAGUAAAUAGGCGUUUUAACGUCAUAUAUUUAGCCGGUGGUAAUUUGUGGAAUAGACACCGGCUGGAAUGCGGUUUUAACAAAUCAGCAUUCAGGAUUAGACCCACCCGUUGUAUAAAUAAUAUUUUACAACAGCUGAUGAAACUAACACCGUAAACGUGUAAAAAUUAAUUAUCAGUGUUAUUUCCUGAUAGUUGCUUUUUGAAAAUACAAUCUACACAGGACCUUCUAAUCAGCAGGUUUGCAUGGGCGGGAGUUUCAGCUUUCCAUGGUGAUAUCACCAUGCGGUAAAUUGGUUAAUAGACCAAUAACAAAUAGAGUUCCAAACCACUCAAACCACUCCCAGACAGUCGUAGCAAAAUUCUUGAGAUUUUUUUGUUGCUAAAAAUGAUUUUUUCCCCCCCCAAUUUUAAUGGAAAUCUAUUACAGUAAGGUACUUAAUUGUUACCCAGAAUUUAUUUGAUAUAAAAACGACUGCAUGGGGCCUUUAACCUUUCUUCUUUUCUCCCCACAGAGACAGAAGAUAAACAGAAGGACAUCCUUAACAACACCAUCCCUGAGGGGAAAGACACAGGUGACUUAAUUUGUUUUUACGUGUGUGUGUGUGUGUGUGUGUGUGUGUGUGUGUUUCCGUGUCCGUGUCCGUGCAUGCGCGUAUAUGUCUGUGUAAGCCUGUGUGUGGGUGUUCAUCUGUUUGUGUGUGUUGACUGUGUUCAUUUUGUUUCUGGUUCUUAGGGAAGUAUGUGGGUGGUUACCGUGGCCUGUUGUCAGGGGUGACGGUGCGUCCAGGGAGUGUGGAGCCCCACAGUGUGGUGGAGUGUCUGUACGCCUGCAGGGAGGGGCUGGACUUUGGAGACUUAGAGACCUUGGGCUCAGGCAUGAAGGUAACCUCACCCUACUGUAGAGGAGUCCUAUAGAUCACUGUCUCCAAAAUGGUGGACAGUUUCACUUGGUUAAAGCUUAAGAGUGGGCUUUGACGACCAGAAUUUUUAUUUUCUUCAUCUAGAGGGUUUGAUAGGUCAUGGCACCCUAACGUUUUUUUAACCACUGCUAUAUGUCCUACUCAGAUGAUUGUUUACAAAAGGGUUAGUUUCCCCCUGAUGGUAUAUGGAGUCUACUGCAUAAUAUUUGUAUGUGCACGUGCAACACAUUUAUUUUGAGUCAAUCAAAAGUGAAGUCCCAAAACGGUGGUACCGAUGAAAUACAUAAAGAGAAUACAUAGCCAGAAUUAACUAUGUGUGUGACUAUGAGGGGUGUGCGACCUCGGAGCAUGAACUCUUGACCUUUGACCUUUUAGGUGCAUGUGAACCCCAGUCAGUCUGUGCUGGUUCUGGAGGGUGAUGACAUUGAGAGCUUCAACAGGGCAGUGCAACAGGUCACCUACAGGAACUCUCUCCGCUUCGCCACCCCUGGAGUCAGGCCACUCAAACUGACCACCUCCCUCAGGUACACGCACACACGCUUUCAUGUACGCACACACAUACACACACACACAGAGGACUAAGUGAUCUCGCUCUCCGAGGCCGACGUGAGUAAGGUCUUUAAUCAGGUCAACUUGUCGCAAGGCCGCGGGGCCGGACAUUUCCAGGGCGUAUACUCAGAGCAUGCGCAGAACAGAUGGCAGGCAUAUUCACGGUCAUUUUCAGCCUCUCCUUGUCCCAGUCUGGACUUAAAAUGGUCCACACACACGCUCACAUUCGUGAAGAAGGUGCGACAGCACCUCUUCCCCCUCAGGAGGUUGAAAAGGUUUGGCAUGGGCCCUCAAAUCCACAAAAAGUUAUAUAGCUGCACCAUUGAGAGCAUCUUGACUGGCUGCAUCACUGCUUGGUAUGGUAACCGCACCGCCCUCGAUCGCAUGGCGGUACAGAGGGUGGUGAUGACAGCCCAGUACAUCACUGGGGCCGAGCUCCCUGCCAUCCAGAACCUCUAUAUCAGGCGGUGUUGUUAAAUUGUUAAAGACUCCAGCCACCCAAGCCAUAGACUGUUCUCUCUGCUUCCGCACGGCAUCGGUACCGGUGCAUCAAGUCUGACACCAACAGGCUCCUGAACAGCUUCUAUCCCCAAGCCAAUAGCUAACAAAAUGGCUACACGGACUAUCUGAGUUGAGCCUUGUAUUUUAUUAAUUUUUUUUGCACUGUCUCUCUGCACACUCACAAGAGUCAUGCACACUGACACUCCAACACACACACACACACACACACACACACAUACACUGACUUAAUUUGCUCACACACAUAACAUGCACACACAUUUAUACUGACUACACGCAAACACACUCACAUACAAUCAUCAAAUACGCUGCUAUCAUAUGUCCUGAUUCCUAGUCACCUUACCCCUAUACAUAUCUACCUAUAUCACUACAGUAUCUCUGCACAUUGUAAAUAUGGUACUGGAACUGACCAUGUAUAUUGUUUACUUACUUUCUGUGUUUUUCUUAUUUUUAUUUCUUGUGUGUUUUUGUUCUACCUUAUGUUAUUUUUAGUACUACAUUGAUAUUGAUUACUGCAUUGUUGGGUUUGGAGCUUGAAGGAAAGGCAUUUCGCUGUACUUGUGCACGUGACAUUAAAACUUGAAACUUGAACACACACAGGCACACACACUGACAGUGCUAGUGUACAUAAACUAGAAAUAUGGGUUAAAAGAGGCAGCGCAGGUAAAACAUAAUGUCACAAUGAAUGCAGCAGUAUUCCAGAGCUGUGGAUGCAGGUUUCCAGGACUGCUCAGUGGAAGAGAGCUAUUCAUUGGACAUUGAUCUCAAUAAACAUGGACUUUGGCUAGAGUAGUUGAUAAGGAAUGGUAUGGCGUGAAAGAGCACGAUGUUAAAUGAAUGACGUCAUCCCAAACUGUCCAUUAUAAACUGGGGGUAUCUUAUCUUUGACUUAUGUUCUGGUCCGCAGUUACUUGUAUCAUAUCUCUAAAGGCAUUCAUUCACCACAACCUAUCCUCUCUGUGACAGAGUAUUUCAUCCAUGGUGAUGUAGCCUGGGUGCCAGUUUGUUUCUGCCUCGUUUUGGGUAUUUUUCAUUGUCUAUCCAUUGUUUAACAACAUAAGAUAAUUGAAGGUCGUCAGGUACCCAGGCUAAUGAUGAAUGAAAUAAUUUAUUCAUUCAUUUAUUCUAAGGUUCUUAUACAACUUGGGGGAAGAACAUGUAGACACCUUUUUAUUUACCUUUUAUUUCAAUCUUUGCACUGUCUCUAUGCACACUCACAGGGCCCUACACACACACACACUGUCACUCCAACACACACAAACACUCACUCCAUAAUUUUCUCACUCACACAUAAUAUGCACAUACAUUUAUGCUGACUCUACACACCCACACACCCACUCACAUACAAGCUGCUGCUACUCUGUUUAUCUUAUAUCCUGUUGCCUAGUCCCCUUACCCCUAUACAUAUCUACCUCCAUCACUCCAGUAUCCCUGCACAUGUAAAUAUGGUAUUGGAUCUGACUUUUUAAAUAUUUCCUGUAUAUAGUAUGCUUACUUACUUACUUACUUUAUUGUGUAUUUCCUAUUCUUAUUUCUAGUAAUACAUUGUUAUUGAUUAUUGCAUUGUUGGGUUUUGAGUUUGCAAGAAAGGCAUUUCACUGUACUUGUGCAUGUGACAUUAAAACUUGAAACUUUUACUCAGCAAAUGUAUCAGAGCACAAGGAUAUACUGGUAUGUUGAAGGACAUCAUCCCUGUGCAAGGAGUGGAGCUUGAUUUGCAGCUGAUAUUUGAGUCCCGGUCUUUUGCUCGACCAGUUAAUCUAGCCUUGGGUAACAGGAAGCACGGUUGAAGCAUCUAAUCUUGAAACAGUUUAUUUUCAUGCCACAGUGUAUCGCACAUUGUAUUCACUUCAUGGAUAACCAGAACAUUUUUUUCUAUUUUUGGGUUAAUGCACCACAUAGGCCUACACAGGUCCUUUUUUAUCCACUUUGUCGAUUUGAAAUAUUUAUGCACGUUGUGAAGUGCAUGUAGGUCCUACCUAUCUAUGUUCUUUAGUAUCUGAUCCAUCUGAUCUAUCGCAGGAAGUGAUGCAACCAUAGAAAAUCCUCAUUAUCUUACCCUGUAGAGUUACAUAAAUAGCUGCAUUUUAAUGUUGUGUUUUUCAGAUUAGUCGUAUUUAAGGUACAACAUUGAUGUGGUGUUUUUGUGCUUGUUUUGAGAUCUGUUUUCCGGUCAUGAGUUUGUGGAUUUUUUUUGCUUGUGUUUUUAAGAUUAGUCCGAUUCCAGGUCAGGAUGUUGUUUGCUUUUCUAGUGUGUUCUUCAGUAUGAUUCUUGGUUAGUAGUUGGAGGGGAUGUUUUUUAAUGGUGUUUAAAGAUAAGACCGAUUUGAGGUCAGCGGUUCCUCCAGAUGGCUGAACAGCAGGCCCUUGUGGAGAGUCAGAUAUAGCAGCUGCUCACUGAAACAUUUACAUUUUACAUUUUAGUCAUUUAGCAGACGCUCUUAUCCAGAGCGACUAACAGUUAGUGAGUGCAUACAUUUUCAUACUGGCCCCCCGUGGGAAACGAACCCACAACCCUGGCGAUGCAAACGCCAUGCUCUACCAACUGAGCUACAGGGGACGGAGAGAGAUAGUAUUACUGCAGUUCCAACACUCACACACUAAACAACUCAAAGCACCACUUGAAUCAUAAAUCAACUGCUGAAUCGCCAAAUAAUAAUACCAUUUCAAAGUGCUUCUGAAAAGUGGCAGAAUUAGUAUCAGCUACUGUAGACACUGCAUGCAAUAUAAUAUAGUCCAGGGUUUUAUCAAUCCUGGUCCUGGAAAUCCACAGUGUGUGCAGGCUUUUGGCCUAGACCAACACUAACACACCUGAUUUGGCUAAUCAUCAAGUCCUAAAACUGUUUACUUAUAGAGAAUAACUGGUACCCUAUUUGCACCCCCCCCCCCCCCCCCCCCACCAUGUUCUCUCUCUCUCUCUCUCUCUCUCUUUCCUCUCUUCACCCUAGGUGUUUCAAUGAGGAGAGUUGUCUUACCCUCAGGCAGUUGGAGGGCUACCUGGUGGUCCUUCAGCCUGACGCCCCUCAGAUCUCCCUGUCUGGAGUCGGCCCCCACCUGGCCCGCCCCGCGCCUGAAUUCGAGGGCCCACGUGGUGUACCCCUCUUCCCAGAGCUGAGGAUCGUGUGCUCCCUGUCUCAUGCUGUGAACACAGCCGCUCAGGGCAUGGAGGGAGGAGGUGAGCCAGGAAAGAGCCCUUCCAUGAAUACUACAAUGCGGGGGUAGAGACUAGUGCAUUCCAAUCACAUCAAUCUAAUCGUUUUGAGAGCAUUUUACCAGCAUUUUAUGUAGGAAGGAAACCUACUGCACACGGAUUGAUGCUUCUAAAAACAUAUGGACCAUUGUCUGGUCUUUGCCACUUAGUGUUAAGUGCCUUGCUCAAGGGCACAUCGACAGAUUUUUCACCUAGUCGGCUUGGGGAUUAGAACCAGCGACCUUUCGGUUACUGGCACAACGCUCUUAACCACUAAGCUACCUGCCAAACAUACAGAUCACUUAUUUUUCUUACACCUGAAACUAUUUCCACUUACUAGCAGUGCUACUUAAUUAUAUGUCUGCUGACACAGAAUGUGAAGUAAGAUCUGUCUUUCUUCUAAAUCAGAUUUGAAUUGGGCUACAUGUUUCCUACCUCUAGAUUGGUUGUUUUGCAACAUGCGCAACUAUGGGGCAAAACAGACUGGGUUGGCUUAGAUUGUUGACAACAUGUUAACUAUAUUCCGUCUCUAAUCGUUAUUGAAAACAUAAAUACAUUUGCCCAAUGAGCACUUGUUGUCUCUCAAAUACAUUGUUACAGUUGUUGGUUAGCUAGCUAGCGAAUUUGAGCCAUAUUAGCAUUGACAUGAAAUCAAUCAAAACAUUUUUAAAAAAGACAAGGUAUCAAGAACAAUAACAAGAUGAACUAGCUGAAAUGAGUCACUUACGAUUCCCCACAUGGCAGUUUUUUGUCAUUGUUGGUAGCUAUCUGGCCAUCCAGAAUCAACUCAGACUUCUGCCCUAUUGAAGUGUGCACAUCAUCAGCUAAUCAAUCGAUACAUAUAUUCACCUCUGAUCCAGCCCCCCUCCACCCAUUAACUUCCCCCAAUGUUUGUGUGCUUGAAUACCAACUGAGACCACACAGACCCAGUACUAUUAUUAGAUGUGCCUUGUGCAUCUCCAAGUGAGAACCCUAUGUAUGUGUGCAACGGCUGUAUAUUGGAGAGGAAGCACACCACAUCUGUGUUUGUCACCCGUUAUGUGUGUAUCUGUUAUGAGGAUGAUGAUGGUUAUGUAACAAGAGCCACUUCCUGCAUGGGGUCUGUUCAGGUCAGGACAUAGUUGAUAAAGCUGUGUAGCAACAGAGAAAAUAGACUCUGCCAAUGCUUUAUCUGUGGCUCACUACCUAAUCUAUUAUGUACUUUAUUCUGUCUCUCCAUAAUGGGAUAGUCCCUUCUUAUCCACUUAAUCCCCCCCGGCCCUAACCCGUUCCCUGCGUUCUGUCGUCCUUAUCUGUAGUUUUAUAAGAUUGGGUAAUCAGUCAUUAUAGUGCCGUUUUUUUUUUAUUGUUCCUCCUUUUAACUGUCUUCUUUCUGUCUCUCUCUGUCUUCCUUUUUUCUCUGCUUUGCUCUCUGCCUUUCCCCUCUUUCCAUCUUUUGCCCUCCCUCUCUCCUCUCUCAAUUCCUCAUUCUCUCCUCCGUUCUUCUCUCUCCCCCCAUGACCCCCAGCUCUGAUGUCAGACGCCGUGGCCCACACUCUGGACGGCUGUGAGGUCCAACCCCUGGGGGAGGAGCUAAACCCAGAGAGGGAGGAGCUCCUGAUGGACAUGGAUGCCCUGAGAGAGAGGGGUCUGGAGAUAAUCAACACCACUGCUUACAUCGCCUAUCACAGGUACCGCUCAUUUCCCCUAUUCUGUUUUAUUUUAAAGACCCACUUCAGCUAUGUUUAAACUUUUCCCGUUGAAAAACGAUAUUCCAAGUAUAAAUACUUAAGGGUCAAUUCAGCAUGGUGUGAUUAGUUGAGGUUUUGAAAUGACACAUAAGGCUAUGUUGCGUAUUGCAUCGCACCUCUAUCUCAUGUUCACAAACUUUAGCAUUUUAUUUUCGUCUUACUGUUUCCUCAGUGUUGAAAUGCCCCUAAACUUCCUACUCUCCACCUCUCAUCAUCUCUCUCUCUCUCUCUCUGUGUUAGGAGCUGAGUCCAUCUCCGUGUAUGAGGAUGUCCUUCGGUCCGUCCGUUACCGGCUGGCUAAAGGCUCGGCCCGCUUUGAGAGGCGGUUCCGUCUGUCCUGCUCCGAGAUGAAUGGCAGAUACACCAGCAACGAGCUCACACUGGAGGUAAUUAAUCUAACUGACCAUAGAGGCCGUAAUUAACCCAAAAUUGGUUAGCAAAUAAGCUUCAAUGGGGUGUACAAUACUGGGGCACUAGCUAAGUGGUUUGAACCUAGCAUUUGGUGGGUAGAGAGAUAGCCCAGCAUUAGUUCAGUUAGUAAGAGGUUCUGUGACAAGGCUUAUUUUCUUCUUUUUUCUCUCUCUUUCACUCACACUCUCUCUCUGUCCAUCCAUAUAUUCAUCUAUCCUUGCUCUCAGGUGAACUUCCUGCACUCCCUGGACAGUCUGUACCACCCGUCUCACCUCCUGGCCUCCCAGCAGCAGUUCCUUCACCCGUCUCACCACUCUGGGGAGCUGAGCGGACACACCCUGCCUAACCCCCACCACAACUCAGGUUUAUACACACUUCAUUUACCUCAGGAUUAAUGUUGACCUUUUUCGCUUGAUUUACCUUUUACAGGAGAACUAUGCUCUAUAUUCCUGAGUACAUCCGUUUUGCUCAAUGUUAAAUCCAGACACAUAAAAACAGAUAGAUGAAGGUGUCUCUAUACCAUCUCCUUUUAUUUAUAUUGGGAAAUCCCCUAUCCACUCUCAAAAUAGAGAUUAAAAAUACACAUUUUACAACGUUCACAGGUUCAUUUUCACCACAAGAUGGCAGUGUCACUGACAUCAAUGACAGGAUGGUGGCUGUAAGGUUCAUAUAAAACUCUUAUUUUCCUCUGACAGUGGUGCCAGGAGCGGCCACAGUCAUCAUCAUGGUGUGCGUGGGCUUCCUGGUUAUCAUGGUGAUCCUGGGAGUGUUUCGAAUCCGCUCCAUCCACCGCCGUGGUGAGGGCGCCAGGGGAGGGUCUAAGGAGGAUAGCGGCCAAUGGGAUGACUCUGCCCUCACCAUCAUUGUCAACCCCAUGGAGGUAAAGCUCUAACUGUGUUUUUGUGGAAUAGAAUAGAUUUUUAUUUAUUUCAGUGUGGAAGUUUUGAGUUUGGUUUAAGAGUAGAGAUGAUUUUGAUGACUAUUUUAUCCCCUUCCUCUUCGUCUCGCUCACUCUCUCUCUCUCAGUCCUAUGAGUCUCGUAUGGGCAUCUCAGCCGACACCGAAGGUGAGGGGGAGGAGGACGAGGAAGUGGUGGAGUCGCCCGAUGACGCCAACGACGACCAGCGAAUCAUCAUCAUCAAGAAAGAGGGCAGAGACAGCAACCCCCGUCGCUACUAA